AUUAUUUUAAGACUUUAGUGCAUACUUCGGAGUUUCUUGUACUAUUGUAAUGUACUUUUUGUAUUAUUUUCUUGUAUUUCAGUGAUUCUGUCAGGGCUAGCGGUAGCGAGUAGCGAACCCACGUGGACCGUGCGGCUGCAAACCGGCGUUCCAAUAUUGCGCCAACGACUACACCACGUACCACAGCAUCUGCGGGUACAAGUGCAAACAUCCCUCCACCACGUUCCAUGACUUAUAAACCAGUCUGUUCGAGGGGCCUUGUGUUUCGGCCCCAGAGAGUACAACUGAGCGGAGUACUACAGCUGUGCAGAGGAGAACCACAACUGAAGAUUGGUUUCUCUUAAAUCCAGUUUUUGGAGACUAGACUUAUUAUUUAUAAAAUUUUAUGUUGCAAUUCGUAAACUUCAAAUCUCAAAAGAACUCAAAAUGAACUUAAUAUAUUUAAAUUUACUAUUUAAUCUCAUACGUUCAAUAAAGCCCGGAACUGGGCCUUUGUACUCCCAAUGAUAGUGGGCCUUCUUCGCCCUAGUAUUAGUGCAAGAAAAAUAGAUAAUAUUUAAUAUAUAAGUACCGUUAUACAUACAAUUAUAAAUUUUCCCUUCCUCAUACAGUUCGAUAACUUCUGUUCGCACCCUUAUACAUUACAACAUCGAGUAAAUCAAGAAACUCGAUAAAAACAAAGUCUUUUUUGGAAAAAAUAACAUCAAGUGUAGCCGCAACCCGCAACCUCCCUUUCUGACUGUAUGUAUUGGAUACUUCAUACUACUGACAAAGUAGCGGCGUGUGCGAAGUCAAGCAUUUUUGCCAGCUCGUUAUACCUGCAGCUUCUAUGUGUGCGUGAUGUAUUGAACAAAUAUAACUAGUGCAACUUUUUUUUAAUGCUGGGCCUUUUUACCCGUCGGGCUUUUAUAUGCCUCACCUACCUUAUCAACUAAAGCUAUGAAGGGUCGUUUCAUUUUGUUCGAAUUUAAAAUUAUGUUUAAAUGAAAAAUAUUUUCGCUUCUAACUUAUAUAUAACCAAAAAAUCCAAUUAAUUAAAUUAAAUUAAAUGUCAAUAUCCAGGGAGGAAAUUGGGGACUACGUUUGUAUGGAGAAAUGGCGGCCGUCCCCUUUCCUCUUAAACACAGUCAGCACACUUAUAAAACUACAUCAGGAACUUGAGUUAGAGUUCCUUGCCACUUCAGAGUGCACAGAGCACAAUGGCUCGUGGGAUCUGGCAGUCCAUCCUGUGUUUGGUCAUGUUAGGGCUCGUGAUUGCGAGCCCACGUAGACCGUGCGGCUGCUUAAAUACCUUCGAAUUUUGCGCCAACGACUACACCACGUACCUUAGCAUCUGCGAGUACAAGUGCAAACAUCCCUCCAUCCCGUUCCAUGACUGGUUUAUACUGUACAACGGGCCUUGUGUUUCGACGUUGGAGAAUACAACUGAGCGGAGAUCUACAACUGAGGGGAAGCCUAUAACUGAGCACAGUACUACAACUACGGCGAUGAAUACAAGUGAAUACAACAGGCAUACCACUCCGCCUCCGCCUACAACUGAGCUGUGGACUACAAUUACGCAGAGGAAUACAACUGAGUGGAGGCCGGAAUAUGAGAAGCGUACAACUUGGCGGUGGCCUACACCUACGCGGUGGCCUAUUACUAAUCGGAGGACUACAACUACGCAGACGAAUACAACUGAGUGGUGGCCGAAAUACGACAAGCAUACAACCGAGCGGAGGCCUACAACUAAGUGGGGGCCUACAACUUUGCGGUGGAGUAAAACUACGCAGAGGAAUGCGAAUAAGUGGCCGGCGAUUUCUAAAAAUCAUGUGAUCGGAUAGGCUUACUAUUUAUAAUAUUUAUGUUGUGCAUCAUAAACAUGGAGCAUUUUAUUCUACAUUGUGGCAGGCCGAUAUACUAUUAUUUAAAAUUAAUCCAAGAUACCCUCUCCCCCUUUUACUAUUUUAUAAAAGUUUAUAGCGACCAAGUGGGCCAUGUGCGUCGUCGUCACGUCGUGAUAUAAAAAGUCACCGAGGCAAAAAAGGAUAAUUUAUAAAUUACACUGACGUCGGUGAUGACAUAUUUUUCUUUACCGUUUCGAAAAGAGUUACCGUCCACUAAUAAUUAUCAUCGGUUAAAGUUUCUGAAACAAAUUAUUCUGUUAAAUAUUUCCGAAAUAUAAUUUAAAUGUAUUAUGUUUUUUUUUCUAGUCUGGCUGAUCUAAUACGUAUUUUUUUUUUGGAAAAUAUAAGUUAUCAUCCUCAGUUCACACAGUA